CUAAUCAAAACUUCGACAUGGUAUUGUCGGAAAUUAAUAAUCAUGGUAUUAUCUAAUUGCGAUAGAGCUUCUACAUACACCUCUAAAUCCUCUAUUUAAGGUCUAGGCUAUCGAUUUCUAAAGACAGUUAUACGAAAGAAAGUUUAUCGAAAACAUGCUUGCACCAGCUUUCUACAUCGUUGGGGCCUUGGCUUUUAUUUUAAUCGAUCCAAGCUCCGCCUUAACCCUUAAGCAAGCUAAUUCAGUGUGUCUUCUUUUGCCCGAUGGAGAAUUAAUAUCCAAUUCUGAAGAUUGCUCCCAGUACUAUGAUUGUGAAAAUGGAAAAGCUACUCUCAUGUCAUGCCUUGCUAAUUCUGAAUUCGACAAAGAGUCUCAAGGCUGUGUACCCAAAGGUCAGUCUUCGUGUGGCGUAGUUGAGGAAGAUCCUUGCGCAUACGUGCAAGAUGGAACUUUCGUUGGGGUCCCUAAUUCUUGCACAGAUUACUUAUACUGUUCUGACGGUGUGGGUCAAAAGUCUAGCUGUCCCAAUGGCUUGAACUUUGAUCAGGCAGGUCAGGCUUGCAAAUACAAAACCGAAUACCCCUGUUCGAUAGGUCCAGGUGAUGGUAGCAUUAAUGUUUGUGACGUUGUUCGCAGCGGCAUUUACUUUGGCAGCUCAAAAUCGUGCAAUCAAUGGCAAAAGUGUCAAUAUAAUGGACCUCCAGAAUUGUCAACAUGCCCUUCGCCAUAUGUUUUCAAUGUGAAUACCCAAGCUUGUGAUUGGGAAGCAAAUGUCAAUUGUCGUCAAACUCAAGGAGAUACAUCAACUGGACAAACUGGUUUAGAGGGAAAAUCCUGUGACACAAAUGGAGAAGUUGUAGCUGCUAAAGCUUGUAAUGGUUAUUAUGUCUGUCAACAGGGCAAAUACAAGUCUGGUCUAUGCCCUAAUUUACAAUACUUUAAUCCGUUGAACAACAAAUGUGUGUCACGUUUAGAUGCUGUGAAUGAUUGUGAUCGUUGUCAAGGAACUAAAAAGGAGUUUGUGAAUCUUUAUCAAGAUGAUUGUGUUGGAUAUGCUGUAUGUCAAAAUGGCAAAGCAACGUCAACUGGAAAAUGUAACUCAGGUUUCUUCGACGAGGUUAGUGGAGCUUGUGUUGUGGAUGGAAGUAAUCCAAUGUAUCCUGUGUGCUAUGUAAAGCCUGAAGCUACAACAGUUGAACCAACUGAAGAAACCACAGUGAAGACACCUCAAACAGAUGCACCAACAGCAAAACCAACUGAAAAACCAACUGAAAAACCAACUGAAGCACCAACUGAAAAACCAACAGAAAAACCAACUGAAAAACCAACAGAAAAACCAACAGAAAAACCAACUGAAGCACCAACUGAAGCACCAACUGAAGCACCAACUGAAAAACCAACAGAAAAACCAACUGAAGAACCUACUGAAGAACCUACUGAAGAACCUACAGAAAAACCUGAAAAAACUGGAGAGAAAACUGAUGCCGAAAAAACAGGAAAGGAAACUGAAAAAUCUGAAGAUACAACUGGCUCCGAAGAAAAAGAAGAUGAACCUGUAGAAUCUGAAGAAGAACCCGAAAGCGCAUUUAGAAAAUUGAGGAAAUGGAAAUGGAAUUUCUUCCAAUAAAUGAUACCAAGAAGUUUAUAAAUCCCAAACCAAAAUUGUAAAAAGUAAACUAUCCCUAUUAAAAUGUGCACCAUAUUUGUUUUCUAAAAGUCCGCUAUAGUGAAAAAAAAAAUUAAUAAAGAAAU